CUCUAAUCAACAAGAAGGCAUUCCCUAAGAAAAACCUCUCUCUAAAAGAAAUGUCGAAGUUGGAACUAUCUACUCAGAAAUUGGUCCAGAAGGCUUCAAAUUCUUUAAAAGUAAUAUUAAAUGAUCAGAUGAUGAACUUUUAUACUAACCUCAACUAAUUGAUGCUUUUUAUAUUCAAAUACUUAAUAAAAAUUUAUGGGAAAUGGCAGCAGAAUUAUAAACAAAGCCAAUAUAUAUGAAUUUCAGUAGUAGAGUGGUUGAUGUUUGUAAACGAGAGAAACGAUAGCAAUUAAUUAAAUAAAAUAAUUAAAAUACUAUUGCUUAGAUAGUGAAUUUUUUAUUAAUAGCCAAUUCUAUCUAAACAUAAGUAUCCAUUUAAAAUGAGUAAAUUUAUUUCCAAAUCC